AUGGACCAGGACAUGGAACUCACGCUCUCGGGAGCAGCGCGAGCUCCUGCGCUCGCAUCCAUCUCGAGCCUCUACCGCGCCCAGGAACCGUUUCACGUACAAGCCAUUCCACCGCACGCGGCGCCCAACGCCUCGCCCGCCUACGUCACGCACCUCGUCUCGCUCAGCACAUCCUACGGAGUGCCCACGCUGCUUGCCGUUGCCGACGACAGCACGCUCACGCUGAUUGACAAGGUGUCCGGCGUGGUCGCCGAAUCGCAGCGUGCGUUCAAGGAUGCACGCAUCACGCAGGCCAAGCCUCUUGCGCCUGGCUCGGGCAGCUUUGUCGCCAGUGUAUCCAACGGCACCGUGGCGUGCUGGGACACAAGAGCCGGACUUGCACGCCCAGUGUGGACGCUUCAGGGCGCAUCCAAGGCACCGUAUCUUUGUGUGGAGCCCGCGCCGCACGAUGCGAAUAUCGUCGUAGCAGGUACCGAGCAGUAUGGACACGGCGAUUCGGACAUCGACAUUUGGGACAUCCGAUCCGCAGCAGCACCACAGAGCAAGUAUAACGAGGUGCACAGCGACGAUGUUACUGUGCUACAGUACCAUCCGGACACGGUCAACCACAAGGGCAUCCUGCUGAGCGGAUCCACCGACGGCCUCGUCUCGGCCAUCGACACGACCAUCGCCGAGGAAGACGAUGCAGUCAUUUCGGUGGGCAACACGGGCAACUCGGUCGCACGUGCCGGAUGGAUCUACUCUUCCACACCAUCCUCGUCGUCGGCUGCGGCGAUGGAUACAGCGAUGGAAGAUGGAGGUGAAGAGUCGGACCUGCGUCAGGUCGAGACGGAAGCGCGUCGUCGUGCUCUGGGCAAGGUGUGGGCGAUUGGCGACAUGCAGACCCUCUCGCUCUUUGACGCGGACAAGUUCGACCCGCUGCUACCCACCACCGAUGUGCGUUCGUCCAACAGCCUGCGACCGCCGUGGUCGACCGACUAUGUCAUCGACGCCUUCAGCACGCUUCCGUCGUUCCCCAACCCCACCGUCGCCCCGGGCUCAGAGGACCUCACGCUGUUCGUCGGCAGGUCGGAAGGCGCAUUCGCAGCCAUCUCCAUCCCAUUGUCCAACCCGAGCCAGCCAUCGUCGUGGCACCUCCGCGCGGUUUUCCCCGAACAGGGGGAUGGCACCCUGUACGGUCACGCCGAUAUCAUCAGGUCUGCAGAGUGGGACGCCAACACCAACACCCUCUACACCGGUGGUGAGGACGGAAAUCUCUGCUUCUGGAACUUUGACAACAACGCUUCUGCCACCCCUGCUGCAGUCUCGAUUCCCACACUCGGCUCCUACUCGGCACCAGCGGUAGGUGGCACAGACAGCCAGACUUCUAGCAGGUCCGCGUCGAGAAAUCACACCCCCGCGCGAAACCAGCGAUACACACCGUACAAGUAG